AUGCAUCACUCCUCGGAGACGUCGGCAAAGGAGAACGCUGCGCUGAUUGCGUUCAACAUCUGCCGAAACUUCUCUGCCAAUGAUGGCAUGUAUCCGACCGGAUUCGCCCAUGGAGGUGUAAUUCAGGGCAAUCCCGUGCCCGUUGGUUCUGGCCGCCAUAACCGCAGGAGUGCCACGGACAGCGCUCGAGCAGACUACCGUUAUGGCGACUCUGACAGUGCUGGAAGCAGGAGUGGUGGAAGCAGCCCGGAUUGGGGCCAGUCUCGCCUCACCGAGCCUGUGCGCACAUCGGCUUCCCGCCGUCCUGUGUACUCCUCGGAUAUGAGCCACUACAGCAGCCGACACAUGCCACGCUACUAG